AAUCCACUUACUCAAUUUCAUCUUUCGUCUUGAGGUCAGUAAAUUGUGCAUUGUCGAUUGACUGACACAUCAAUAUGACUGUUAAUACAAGAUAUCGGAUUUUAUUUAUUUUAAUUGUGGUUUCCUUUAUAUAUAUCAUAUUCAUUAUUUAUACUUCGCCUUAUGACACUUUAUCCCGAUUAGGAUUUAUCUGUAACAGUUCGACAUAUACUAGCGAGGAUACAGUAUGUCCUGGGGUGUUUUCUCAUAUGACACGUGGUUAUUGGAAGCCGUUACCUCACUUUACGCGGGAAUUGGUGGAAAUACUGGUCAAAAGAUUUAGAAUCGAGAAUGCGCGGAUUCGGCAUAUGCCUGAAAGUUAUCAAAGAAAGGAUGGUAAAUGUGGUAACGUGAAUUUCAUGCGAGCUAAUUUUAGGGCAUUAUGUAACCCUAAAGGACCUACGCCAUGUUGUUAUGAUGGUUAUUGUGUGUCUAAAUCUAUUGAAGACUGUAAAUGUGAGGAAUGUUAUGAUCUAAGACAACGUAUUUCAGCCGAAUCUUCUACCUGGGUGCCAUCACAUCCCGGUUGUCAAGUUGAUGACUUUGAUUCUACCACAGCAUGUCGUUUACUCCAUAAUUCUACCAUAUUCUGGAGUGGAAAUUCCUUCGUUAGACAGAUGUUUAUGGCUUUAACUAUGAUAUUAAGGGGGGAUUUAACCCAUGCAGUGGUUUACAAUAUUAAAGAGCCAAAAAAAAGAUGUCACGACUUGGGAAAUAUGCAUGGCUAUUGUCAAAAAAACAUCUUGACGAACCCUAUUGUUUGCAAUGGUUCAGUGAAUAUUACCUUCAUUUAUAGACCACAAGCAUCACAGAUACAAGAAAUUCAUAGAGCUAUAGAUGAUCUGCGUGAUAAACCAAGAACCAUGAUAGUCCUUGGAUUAGGAAUCCUAGAUAACUACAAUUAUACAAAGAUUCUGAAUAAUCAUAUCCAUCCAAUAUUGGAGCAUUAUAAUGCUAAAAAGUCUGUAUGGCCCAAAUUCGUGUGGGCAGCAGCUCAUGCACCCGGACUUUUAAAAAAUCCUUUUCUACCCUUACAACUAUAUAAGCCGAGUUUACACUUUAAUGAAUGGCUAAAUCCUCGUUUAGAGAAAUUAGGAAUACCUGUUUUUGAUACGUUUAAUAUGACUGACGGUGUAUCCAGUCACGAUGGAUGCCAUCACGGUAUAGCUGUGAAUAUGUUAAAGGCCAGAAUCUUUCUUCAUUAUAUAGCCGAAUUACAACGAAAGGGGCAAUGGUGACAAUAAUAAAAAUUUACGGACGAACAAUAAAAAGACAAUGAUUGAAUAAAAAGUUAAAAACAUCUGGUAUAUUUAAAUGAUCUAAUCUUAUCAAAAUACAGAUCUAUAUUUCGUUUCGUUUUUUUUAUACUUUCGAUGGCCUACACUACAUGGAGAUCUGACUGGUUGUACUGGAAGGUCACGCCAGGGGUCGCACGGGCGGCUUUUGACUCUAUGACGUCAGACAUUGAUUAAUCAGUCAGCGUUGACGUUUUUAUACACCCACAUUUUAAUGUGGACGUAUAUUGUCGUCGCCCCUGUCCCCUGAAUUUCGUGAAAAUCGGACCAAAACUGCCGGACGGACAAAAUGGCCGCCCCUUGUACGCAAAUAGUGUAAAAAUAUGGUAUAUCAAGUGUUACGGCAAUAAUCCACUUUUUGUCAUUUAUGUCAUCCAUUCUUUCGAACGGAUCCUUGUCCAGAAUUUAGCUAUUAAUUAGUCCUAGUGAAUAUUUUUGAUACAUGUGUAACCACAUGUUUGUUGAUAACCGCCAUGUUUUUCUGUUAAGAUGUUUAACGUUAAUUGAUUUCCUUGAUACUACCGUUUUUAAAAGUAACAACACCAAAAU